CAUCCCGCUCCGCUCCCGGCCCCGCGUCGUCGUCGUCCCCGUCGCGGCCGCCGUCACUUCCGAGGCCGGAGACAAAAUGGCGUCCGGAGGGGCCCGCCGGGGCCUGCGGGGCGGCUCGGGCUGAGCCCACCCGGCUCUGGGAGGCGAGGCGGCGGCGGCGGCGGCGAGCGCGCAGGGUUCAUGUAAUCACAGGAGUUUCUUUGUUGUAUGUGUCUUUUCAGAACGCAACCGGAUUUCAGAAUGAAUCAGAACUCAAUAGAGCCUGCAGUAUCAGUUGAGACUCUGGCUGACGUACCUGCGCAUGUGCUUAAAGGACUUCCUGAGGAAGUGAGGCUUCUUCCUUCUGCUGUUGACAAGACACGGCUUGGUGUCUGGGCAACGAAGCCAAUUUUCAGAGGCAGAAAGUUUGGACCGUUUGCUGGGGACAAGAAGAAAAGAUCUCAAGUUAAAAGCAAUGUGUACAUGUGGGAGGUCUAUUACCCAAACUUGGGAUGGAUGUGUGUUGAUGCCACGGAUCCGGAGAAGGGGAACUGGCUGCGUUAUGUGAACUGGGCUCGUUCAGGAAAGGAGCAGAACCUCUUCCCUUUGGAGAUCAACAGAACCAUUUACUACAAAACCUUAAAGCCAAUUGAGCCAGGCGAGGAGCUCUUGGUGUGGUACAAUGGGGAAGAUAACCCGGAGAUAGCAGCUGCUAUCGAAGAAGAGAGAAUCAGCAAUCGAAGCAAGAGGAACUCUCCAAAAGCCAAGAAAGGGAAGAAAAAAUCCCAGGAGGCUAAAAACAAAGGAAAGAAAGCAAUAGAUAAAAAGCAGAAGACUGUUUUGGAUUUAGCUUCUGACGAUAUGAGGGAGCCUAAGGAAGGUAAGACAGGCCAUAAACAGGAGGACGAAACGCCCUCUGUUUCAGCGGUGCUGUCACUGGAACAGACAGCUGUGAUCCAGGAGAUGGUAGAUCAAGACGCGCUUCCAAACUUGGUCACCCCCAGUCCGACCAGUGGGCCCCAUUCAAUGCCCGAAGACAAAUCGGAAGCAAUAACGUGUGAAACAAACGUGGAGGAGGAGGAGCCAGAGGAGGAGCCUGAGGAAGAUGGGGAAGAGCCUGAGGAGGAUACAGGGGAGGAAGAAGAGGAGGAGGAAGAGGAGGAACCCGAGGAAGAAGAGGAAGACGCUAGCUUACCUAAAGGAAGUCCUGACAUGGAACCGAUGUCCAUGUGUGAAUACAAGCUGGAGUCCGUGGAAGAGCAGAGCAGCAUAUCUGAAGACUCUCCAGAAAGCUCCCCCAAGAAAAAGCCUGUGGUUAAAUUUCCCAGAGUGAGAGACGAAUCCAAUGGCAACAUCCAAGGUACGUUCAUGUUUCCGUGUCAACAUUGCGAAAGGAAAUUUACCACAAAGCAGGGACUUGAACGCCACAUGCAUAUCCACAUUUCAGCGAUCAGUCAUGCGUUCAAAUGCCGCUACUGUGGCAAAGCCUUCGGCACACAGAUUAACCGGCGGAGGCAUGAGCGGCGCCACGAGGCCGGACCCAAAAGGAAACCGUUCCCAUUGCUGUCUUCAGCCCAGCCAUCUGAAGGUAGCGCCAAGAGCCAAGGCGUUACCGAAGACGGUAUUAAAGAGGAAACAAACUCCAGGCAAGACUUCAUAGCCACGGAGACUGAGAAAGUUUCUCUCGAAACGCCAAGUCCUGUUCUCUUUGAAGACAGCAAGGAACCCAAGGAACUGCAUCCAUGCAAAUAUUGCAGGAAGGUUUUUGGCACCCACACCAAUAUGCGCAGGCACCAGCGGAGGGUCCACGAGCGUCAUCUCAUCCCCAAAGGUGUCAGGAGGAAACCGGAGGAGCCCCAGCUUCCAGCAGAGAAAACCCAGCAAGCCCAAAAUGUGUACGCAGCGAGCACAGACCUCGAAGAGGAGGGCGAGGCUGAUGAUGUGUACAUUAUGGACGUUUCCAGUAACAUAUCUGAAAACCUCAAUUACUACAUUGAUGGUAAGAUUCAGUCGAACAGUACCACAAGCAACUGCGAUGUGAUUGAGGUGGAAUCCAGCUCGACAGAACUCUAUGGAAUAAACUGUUUACUUAGUCCUGUGACGGUGGAAAUAUCUCCAAAUUUAAAGGCUACACCAGUGCACCUAAUGGAGGUAUCUAAGGAGUCGCCAGUCAGUGGAAACGCUGAACCCAAAAAGAGAAGGACUACAAGUCCUCCUCUCCUGCCUAAGAUAAAAACCGAAAUGGAUCCGGAGCCGAUCACAUCAUUGUGCUCCUUGACUAUCCCUCUUACUAUAUCGGCAGCUGAGAGCUUGCCUUUCCCCAAAGAGAAAAGUAUUUAUUUAUCAUCAAAACUGAAACAACUUCUCCAGACGCAGGAUGGGAACAAAGUAGCACCAUCUCCCCCAUUAUCAUCAUCUGAAAUCCCCAAACUGGGACUCCCAGCCUCAUCUUCGCCCCUUCUCCCCACAGCCUCCAGCAGGUUCAAAAGGAGGACCAGUUCCCCUCCUAGUUCACCCCAGCACAGUCCGGCCCUUCGAGACUUCAGCAAAGCAGGUGAGGGGAAAUCUGUUUGGAAAGAUGCUGUUUUAGGCUCGAAAAUCCCCAAGUUAGAGAGUCAUAAUAAUUCACCUGCGUGGAGCUUAUCUGGGAGAGAAGAAAAAGACAGUGUCAGCCCUCUUUGUUUAGAAGAGUAUAAAGCAUCAAAGGACUGGACGCCAAGUCCUCCGUUUGGUAAUGUGUGUAACCAGCAGCCUUUGGACUUAUCCAGUAGCAUGAAGCAAAGGUCAAACUGCAAGCAUAGGACUCAGGCUCCCUGGGAGUCGGUGUUAGAUCUCAGUGUCCAUAAAAAGCCUUGCAGUGACACCGAAGCCAAGGAGAAUAACUUGGCACCACCAGCGUGCAGCGGUGUCAAGAAGAAGCCAACUACAUCCAUGUUGCAGAAAGUUUUGUUGAACGAAUAUAAUGGGACUGAUUUGUCAUCUGAAAACCCUGCAGCUGAAGUGAAUCCAAACCUCGGUUUGUGCAAAGUAGCAGAAGAGCAUCCAGACCCGGAGUCCAGUGCUGGCCUCCUUGUACCGGUGGUCGAAUCGGGUUCCCCGAUCCCCUCUGCUCAGAUGCCUGUACUUCCAACAUCUACUGCAUCUUCAAGUCAGAUUCCACCUCUCCUGACUCCAACAAGCUCUCCUUCUCCACCACCCUGCCCGCCUAUGUUAAAGGUUCCCACACCACCACCCCCUCUCCUUCCUACUGUUCCCUCCCCACUUCCAGAAGAGCCUAUGAGUGUCACUCCAAGUUCGUGCCCUUCUCCCUUAUCAAAUACCACUGCUCAAUCCCCCCUUCCAAUCCUUUCUCCUACAGUCUCGGCAUCACCCGUCCCUUCAGUAGAACCUCUUAGUUGUGCUUCACCUGGGCCUCCCAACCUCUCUUCUUCUUCUUCUUCUUCCUCCUCCUCCUUUUCCUCCUCCUCCUCUUCGCCAUUGUCAUCCUCCUCUCCUUCUCCUCCUCCUCUUUCAGUGGUCUCUUCAGUUCUUUCCCCUGGCGAUAACCUAGAAAACUCUGUCCCUAUUAUGUCUUUUAAGCAAGAGGAGGUGGAGAAUGAGUGUCAAAAGCUAAGGGAAGACCCACACAGGUCAAGCGAAGCAGAUAUCAUUCAGGAAACGUUUAACAAGAGUUUUGUGUGCAAUGUCUGCGAGUCACCUUUUCUGUCCAUUAAAGAUCUUACCAAACAUUUGUCUGUUCAUGCCGAAGAGUGGCCCUUCAAAUGUGAAUUCUGUGUCCAGCUCUUUAGAGAGAAAACAGAUUUGUCAGAACAUCGCUUUUUGCUCCACGGCGUCGGGAAUAUCUUUGUGUGCUCCAUCUGCAAAAAAGAAUUUGCUUUUCUAUGCAAUUUGCAGCAGCACCAGCGGGAUCUUCACCCUGAUAAAGAAUGCACACACCACGAGUUUGAAAGUGGGACUCUCCGACCGCAGAACUUCACAGAUCCCAGUAAGGCAAAGACCAAACACAUGCAGAUUCUGCCCGAAGAUUCCUCUGGACCUUCUAAAGAGGAAGAGGAAGAUGAGGAGCUGAACGAUUCCUCUGAAGAACUUUAUACAACUAUCAAAAUAAUGGCUUCUGGAGUCAAGUCAAAAGAUCCAGAUGUCCGGAUGGGUCUCAAUCAGCACUACCCAAGUUUUAAACCCCCUCCAUUCCAGUAUCACCACCGCAAUCCUAACGGGAUUGGAGUCACUGCCACAAAUUUCACGACUCAUAAUAUUCCGCAGACCUUCACCACUGCCAUCCGCUGCACCAAGUGUGGGAAAAGUGUAGACAACAUGCCUGAAUUGCACAAACACAUUCUGGCUUGUGCUUCUGCCAGUGACAAGAAACGGUAUACCCCAAAAAAGAACCCCGUGCCGUUAAAACAGACCGUUCGGCCUAAAAAUGGUGUUGCCCUCCCAAGCCCGGCGAGCAAUGCGUUCAGACGUGUAGGCCAGCCCAAGAGACUCAGUUUCAGCAUUGAGGUAGGCCGAAUGUCUUCUAACAAACUCAAAAUCAGUGCGUUGAAGAAGAAAAACCAACUUGUCCAGAAAGCCAUUUUGCAAAAGAAGAGAUCUCAGCAGAAGGCAGAGUUGAGGAACAGCACAGCAGAGUCCAGCACUCACAUCUGUCCUUACUGCAACCGGGAAUUCACAUACAUUGGGAGCUUGAACAAGCAUGCUUCUUACAGCUGUCCCCAAAAGCCCAUUUCCCCUUCCUCUAAGAAGAAGUCUAAAAAGAGAAGCAUGACAUCUACCAGCAGCGAUAAAACUAGCAACCAGCGCCGGCGGACAGCAGACGCUGAGAUCAAAAUGCAAAGCACACAGACUCAUCUAGGCAAGACCCGAGCUCGCAGCUCAGGACCCAUGCCGCUUCAGCUUCCAUCCGCAUCCUUCAAAUUGAAACAAAAUGUCAAAUUCAUACAGCCUGUUAGAUCCAAAAAGCCAAGCGGCCAGUUGGCCACGAGGAACACCAGCCCUCUAAGGAUGUCCAGAAUGAUCCCAGUGGAGGGCAAAAGAGCAAAAGGGGCGGUAACCAAAAACAGUUCCUAUGGCCUCUCGAGCAAAGCAUCCCGCAAGCUACACGUCAGGAUACAAAGGAGCAAAGUGGCCUUGGCCAGCAAGUCGACUGUGACAAAUAAAAAAAAGGUGGACAGAUUCAGCCUGAAGUCGAGAGAGAGAGUUGGCGGCCCCGUCACCCGGAGCGUGCAGCAGGCGACCAGCACUGACGUGGCAGAGAACAAGAGAGAAGAAACAAGCGCACGGCAGGAGCCAAAAGAUUUCAGGAACCUCCUGUAACGAAAGGAAACAGACAAAAAAUAAUAUCUCCGAUAUUUGUAAAUGAAAUUUCCUAACUGAUGAGCUUGAGCUGUUGGAUGCUCAGCUUGGAGAAGACGAGCACGGAGGCCCCGAUCGUCCAAGCUUGAAAGGUUCAGCCCGAGUCGACUUCACCCCCAAAGGCUUGCCAAUGUGCUCACAUGCCGGGGAUGAAGAUUGGCAUGCAGCAGCCAAACUAAGGGAAUGAUUGGCUGCAAAAAGAAAAAAGCAGGCAGGGUACAUGGUUGUUCCUUGUCUCCCCCUCUCUAAAACUACCCCAUUUUUAUUUUUAAAGGACAUGGUUCGAACUACGCUGGAGCGAGCCCUGCCACGGAAUCCAUAGCUCAUUCUUCUACUUUGCUUUCUUACCUGAUGAAAAGCAUGGGGGGAGGGGGAUCCGAGGAGACAAAUAAGAGAUGGUGCCACCAAAACAUAUUCAAAGCCACGUCCUCAUCAGAAGCUCCCCGUAUAUUCAGGGAUGACAACACGUUUAACUGCACUCAAAUUUUUAUUUGUAUUUUUUUUUUUUUUGCUUGCACGUCGAGUCUCUCUAUGCCUUUGUUUUUAUAUCAGCCAGUAUGAAAAGACUCUGCAAUGGGGAGAACUGAGAGUCCCUGUCGCUCUUCCCCCUCACAGCACCUGCACUCACUUCCCAGACUUUUAUUAUUAUUAUUAUUAAUUUGUUUUGAACGGGUGGGAGGGCAGCCCGGAUGUCGCCAUUGCUUUCCAUGAUCAUCUUCUUUGUGCAUGGGAGAGGGGGCUGUUGGAGGGGAAGGAGGAAGAUUUGCCUGUCAACCUUACUGGCAUCCGUAUCUGAAAUCUUAUCCUUUGGGAUGUCACCCACACUUUAUUGUGACUGGCUUGUUUGCUAUAUAAGACUGUAUAGCACAACGGAAUACACAACUGUUAAUUGGCAUCUGCAUCAAAUAGCAAGAGCUACAAUUUUUUCCUAGUUGUAAAGCAAGAUGAGGAUUAUUAUUUUCCUGGAAAUAAUAUGUUUGUUUUGUUCUUUUUCCACACACCUUGGGGGUGGGUGGGGGGGGAAGUUGUUAGUUUUCUUUAUGCACCCAUUUAAAAAAAACCUUAUUUGUUCUUCACUUAAAAAGUAAUCUACCUCUUAAAAUUUGUAGUUUUAAUAUUGUUUGGUGAAUUUGUGCCACUUUAACACUUUCUCUUUCACUAUCAUUCCCUUUUUUCCUUUUUUUUUCUUUUUGUUUCAUUACAUUUUUUCCCGGUUUAUGGGGACUUCUACGUCGAACUAUUGUAUAAAGCAUUUGUAGCAAGUUUGGAAAAAAAAUAAAAUAUUUAAAAUUA